GUCGUAGCUUCGUGUUCCACGGAUCUGACGAAACUUAUACUUAUCUUGGGAUUUUCUGGGGUUAAUUAAUUAGAUAAAAACCAAUAACUACACACACACAUAUUACUUUGAAGUCUCUCUCGAAUCUCCUUCCUCUUAAAUGUCCUGGAUAGUUUAGACGGAUUUGAUUGUUUGGCAAUUGAGCCCGUUUUGGUUACAAUUAGUCGACACCAUGCCGGGUUCUUCGAGAAUGCCUAUUAGCUUGCGCGAAAGCUUUGAUAGCGUGAAGAAGCGAUCUCGGACGAUCGAUCCUCGGCAAGUCUUCAAUGUCGAAAUACUUAAGAACAUUAUUUUCUUUUUCUUCGUACUGCGCAUAGUCCGCCGAACGUUUUGGAAGCUGAAGGGCCGCGGCAUCUUCGGUACUAUAGCAGAAUUAUACCACGAUGUACGACGUGUGCUAUACGGUUAUUUCCUGCGUGCCCCGGGCGUUCGAACCCAGGUACGGAAACAGAUUACAGAAUCGUUAGCAAAGAUACAAGCAAAGAUGAUACCUGCCGACAGUACGCGAUACACCACAUUACCAAAAGAAGGCUGGACGGAUGACGCCUUACGAGCCGAGCUCGACAAGUUGGCAAAUAUGGAACAUACCAGGUGGGAAGACGGCUACGUGUCGGGGGCCGUGUACCAUGGCGAGGAAGAUUUGUUGAAGCUGCAGACGGAGGCCUAUGGAAAGUUUACAGUUGCGAAUCCGAUACAUCCAGAUGUCUUCCCCGGAGUGCGAAAGAUGGAAGCCGAGGUUGUCGCAAUGGUUCUCUCCAUGUUCCAUGCCCCGCCCAGCGCUGCCGGAGUAUGCACCAGCGGUGGUACCGAGAGUAUCUUGAUGGCAUGCUAUGGUGCGCGGCAGAAGGCAUAUGCGGAGCGUGGCGUAACGGAACCUGAGAUGAUCCUCCCGGAGACGGCACACACGGCCUUCCGGAAAGCUGGCGACUACUUCAAAAUCAAGAUUCACUAUGUGCCUUGCCCUGCUCCGACAUACCAGGUGGAUGUCCACCGUGUAUCUCGUCUUAUUAACUCCAACACAAUUCUCCUUGUCGGUUCUGCGCCCAACUUCCCUCAUGGCAUCAUGGACGACAUCCCGGCCCUAUCCAAGUUAGCCCUGAAGCGCCGUUUACCGCUACACGUAGACUGCUGUCUAGGUUCUUUCUUAGUCCCUUUCCUCGACAAGGCCGGUUUUGAGACGGAACUUUUCGACUUCCGCCUCAAGGGCGUCACCUCCAUCUCCUGCGACACGCACAAGUACGGCUUCGCGCCCAAGGGCAGCUCCACAGUCCUCUACCGCACCCAGGAGUUGCGUACGUACCAAUAUUUCGUCUCCCCCGACUGGUCCGGCGGCGUGUACGCUUCCCCCGGAAUCGCGGGUUCCCGCCCCGGCGCCCUCAUCGCCGGGUGCUGGACCAGCAUGAUGCGAGUCGGUGAGGCCGGAUAUAUCGACUCGUGCGUCAAGAUCGUCGGGUGUGCCAAGAAGAUCGCCGAACACGUAGCGUCGUCCCCCACCCUCAGCGUGGAGCUCGAGGUGCUCGGCCGCCCCCUCGUCUCCGUCGUCUCCUUCUCGGCUCGUAACCUCAACAUCUACGACAUCGCCGACGGCAUGAACGCCAAGGGCUGGCAUCUCAACGCCCUGCAGAACCCGCCCGCUAUGCACGUCGCCGUCACCAUGCCCAUCGUCAAGGUUUGGGAGCGCCUCGUUGCCGAUCUCGAGGCCGUCAUCGAAGAGGAGCGCGAGAAGGAGCGCGUUCGCGCUGUUGAGGGUAAAGCCCUGAAGGGUAAGGCCACGGGCGAUACGGCGGCCCUCUAUGGUGUCGCGGGCAGCUUGCCGAAUAAAGCCGUCGUUGUGGACUUGGCGACGGGCUUCAUUGAUUUAAUGUACAAGGCGUAAAUAAGAUUUAAAACCAAUCGUCUCCUCAUGCUAGAAAUCGAAGGGGAGGUAGAUAGUGUCACGAUAGUAUGUGUAGCGGAUGGAGCGACUCUACAGCUACUAGGCAUAUAAUAUGAUAGGACAGGCAGUGUACGUUAGGAAAGGGAGAAAGGUAACCUAGGCCGGUCAUCGAGCGGGUGGUCGGGGGGUCCAUUUAUUGGUCUGCUAAUGGUUGUACAUAUAUAUAUUCGGCAAAGGGUCAACAAUCAUAGGGGAGGGUGUAAACCUUACCUAACAUACUAAAGGGACCGUGAAAACGUCGAGUCUUUAAAGAAAAGGGGGGCCUAUUAUGCUUACCUAUAUUAUGCAUGUACAGGUACAUAUUAUUGAUAUGUAUAUAUAUUUCAUCGCGAGACAUAGCGAGUAGAUAGGAUAGGUAGUAUAACAACAACAAAGUCUUCAAUCAAUCAAUGC